AUGAAGGCUGCCAAGGAUAUUCGAGAAAUAAAAAAAAUACUACAGUCCCUGCCCAUUAACGACGUAAAUCAAGACAUCCCAGAAGGCGCUAUCUGUUCAAACUCCGGCAAUUCGACGGGAUUAGUAGCACCUAAGUUGGGGAACAUGGUUUACAGUAGCAUAUACCCAAGCGACUCGUUAAACAUAUCAAAAGAGAUAACAACUUCAAAUGCCGAAGAAGCGCUACCUGGCUUUCUCUCCGCGAAGGCCAGAAACCUAUCGAAAGAUCCCUAUAUUUUAAGCGCUAUGUCAAACUUUUUCCGAUGGCUGUACCCCGGCCAUUACAUGUUUAUUCAUAGGGAAACACUCCUUAAGGCGUUGUUUGAAAAACCCACAACAAAAUCUUACUAUUGUUCUGAAGAACUGGUCUUGGCUGUAGCUUCUUUGGGAUCGCAAAUAGCGGAAAGCCAGGAUGAGCUUCUUCAAAAAGCAGACGAGUUUUACGCCACUUCAAAGUCACUAGUUCUGGGUAAGAUUUUUCAGGCUAACCAGCACACCUCAGGGUAUUCUAAAAAUUCAUCGAAGCUAGCCAUUAUCCAAACACUACUUUGUCUUGCAUUUUAUGAUAUCGGAAGAGGCGAGAACCCUAUGGCUUGGUAUUUCUCGGGUCUGGCCUUUCGGAUCGCUCACGAAGUCGGACUUCAUUUAAAUCCUAAGACGUGGAAUAACGUAUAUGCGAGUGAUUUGUCAAGAAUUGAUGUGGAAGUACGGAGUCGAAUUUACUGGGGUUGCUACAUUGCCGACCAUCUAAUUUGCACGCUAUUUGGAAGGUCGAAGUCGUUGAGACUUUCAAAUUCUACCACCCCUGAAACAGAAGAUCUUCCUGAUAUCGAGGCUGGUAUAGAGAUGUUCCAGUAUGACCCUGCUGCGUCUUUGUCGGUUGUAAAGCCGCUUAAAAGUUUGAUAGCACUGUCUAAAGUUGCUGAAUUGUUCGUGCGAAAAAUAUUUGGGCCCUGCAGCAGUUUAACUCAAAGAGAUGAAAGCCUGAACAAACUCAAUAUGAGUUUUCACGAAUGGAGAUGCAACUUACCAAGUAGCUUGAAGUGGUCUAAAACUUGCCUGAAAACAUUUGAUUUUGACCCCACUAAAGCAUUUGUUUGGAUUCAUUUUUACGUUGUAUCCCUCUCGUACAACAAGCCCUUUAUAAACGAUGUGGAAAGCUGUAGAAUGGUGGUCAAAGAAUGUAUUGAGGAUUUGUAUUAUUUGUUCUCAUCGUUUAAGAGGAAGAAUGAAACACUUUGCAAGAGCAGUUUGUACCUCUGCUACUCAGCUAUUUUAGCCGUCCAAUGCAUAAAAUUUGGUACAAUACAACAAGAGUAUCUGGAAUAUUUUAUGAAUUUUCUAAAGUCUCCCUCACAACCGUAUGAUCUGGGCAGAAAAAUUUUAGAGUUAGAGCUUGACACCGAGUCUUUUGAUGUUUUUGGAUUCUUCGCUAGUGGCGAUGACUAUUCAUCUGAAUUUGAUUUUGAAUUUGUGCUUUCCAAUUGUGGCAUUCAAAGCCCUUCCUAA